AUGAGAGAUCUUCCACUCGAGAAAGCAAAGGCCCAGAGCGAGACUUGUUCGACUCUCAGAUGUGAAGUUCACAUAUCCCUUACAGGGCUUACACUGUUUCUUCUCAGGGCAUGGAGACAGUUGACUUUUGGAACAUAUGGGUACCUGAAUUUCACCAAGCCCGGUUUCAUAGAACAUUCAAAGAAUUUCAAGGCAGAAGACAUGGAAACACGGAUAGAUGGAAAAAACUGCAUUGUAACAGGAGCUAAUUCUGGCAUUGGUUUUGCAACUGCCGAGGGACUCGCAUCACGUGGGGCGACUAUCUAUAUGGUAUGUCGAAACAAGGAGAGGGGUGAAGCUGCACAAUCUAAAAUUGAGUCUACAACUGGUAACCAAAAUGUUCAUUUGGAGGUCUGCAAUCUUUCAUCUCUUAGUGAUGUCAAAUCAUUUGUUGGUCUCCAGAUAGCAAAUUUGAAGAGCUAUAUAUUUCUUUCUCAGGUUGCACUAACUGAGAAAUGGGCUGAAAUGAACAAAAGCAAGGGCAUUGGAUUCUAUUCUAUGCACCCUGGUUGGGCUGAGACGGCUGGGGUUGCCAAGAGUUUGCCAAGUUUCUUUAAAGCUCUUUCGGGAAAGCUUAGAACAAACGAUGAAGGUGCAGACACCAUUAUCUGGCUGGCUUUACAGCCAAAAGAGAAACUUGUAUCAGGUGCAUUUUAUUUUGAUAGAGCAGAAGCACCUAAACACCUGAUGUUUGCAGCAACUAGUUGCUCUCAUGAAUUCAUUGACUCGGUUAUUGACAGUCUACGUUGCAUAUCUGGUAUCUCUGCACAAGAUUAG